AUGAUUGAAAGGAAAAAAAGAUAUAAACUGGAUGAAAAUGAUGCGAAAAAACGUGAACAGCAAAGAUUAGCACAGAAAUUGGAUGAUGAUUCAGCAGCUAUCUAUAAUGAUAUUAAUUCCAGCAGUGGAAUGGUUAAAAUAUAUUUUACACCAAAUGAAUUAUUAAACGAAGCAACAUGUGCAAAUGUAAUUUCAUCAACGUUAUCAUCGUCAUUGCCAGAAAAAUCAAUAACAAUGAUCGGUGUACCGGAUUCGGAAUUUUCCACUGAUAAUGCAACUAGUAACAGUACUGAUAAAUGUCACAAAGAUAGUAACAUUGAUAACACUGAUAAUAUUGAAGCUAAAGUGCUAUGUCAAUGUCAAUCACAUUUAGGCCGAAUAUUUCUAGAUGAAGUUUAUCCAUUAACAACAGAACAACUGUUUACCAUACUAUUUUCACCCAUACCAUGGUAUCAACAUUUUGAUGAAAUUGUCAACAAAACAGCACAUGGAAAAACGCUUAAUAUAGUAACUGGUUAUAUGGCAACAUCAUGGGUAACAGAAAAUCCUACUGUUACCACGCGAACAGUAACCUAUAACAUGGCACUAAAUAACGCUUUAGGUCCAAAAAGUACGUCAGUUACUGAAAAACAGACAUGUCACUCAUUUCACGGUACCGAUAAAGGAUUUAGUGUAAUGAAAGAGAUUCAAAACGCUGGCAUACCAUACGCUGAUAAUUUUGCCAUUCAAUGUACUUAUUGUAUAAUUCGGGCAGGUAACAUGCAUUCCAGGUUACUUAUACAUGGCACAAUAAUACAAAAGAAAAAUAUUUGGGGUAUUGUUAAAGGAAUAAUUGAAAAAAGUACGUAUAGUGGAUUAGGAACACAUUAUACUGUAUUAAAAGAAACAUUAAAAUUACUGUGUGAUGAAUCACUUGAAGUAAAACAAUCUACCGUAUCGGAAUGUGAAACAAGCAAUAAUUUGUUACCAAACAAAUUAUUAAAUCGAAAGUACAACAAUAUCAAAAACGGUACUAUUACGGAACACAAUAAUUCAACCGGUGCUCAUUAUCAGUCGAUGUUGCUGAAUCCGAUUAUCAAUUCUGCUGAUAAUAUCAAUGUAACAAAGUCAACAACAACAGCAAGAUCAACAAAUGAUAAUAGUUGCUUUUGUGAUAAUGCUACUGUGAUUACAAAUAAUGCUCAAACACAAACAUUAAAUUAUUUUAGUAAUAAGGAAAGUAUUGGUUAUUCCAAUAGAUUUGUUAUUAUUUUACUUUCAGUAUUAAUUUGUUUGCAAGUUUUCACUUAUCUAAAGAUCUCAUAUAUUUUGGAUACUCAUUGCUCCAGUUCCAGUGAAAAUUCCGCUGCUUUCAUUAAUAGAAUUCAACAUCCGAAUGAUUUAUCAGUAGAUGCACAGAAUCUUGAACAAUUACGAUUGACUGGCAAAAAUAUCAUCUUCAAAGAUGAUUUAUAA